ACAACCAUAAAAUGGCAACAUUGUUUUUAUCUGUCGACUGUCGAUGAAAAAUUGAAAUAAUAUGGCGGACCAAAAUAACAAGGGCGCUAAAAGAUUAUUUUGGUCAUUUGUAUUACAUUUCAGACCACAGAUUGAUUAACAUUUUUCAUCACAAGUUGUAAUUAGUGUUGUAUGUUCGGUGAGGGAAUUGUUAUAAUAAAAUUUUCAGACUAAGAAUGUCUGCCAUAAAAGUAAAUUUCGAAAUCGGUCAUGAAGCCUCUUUGAGAUCUAAGAAAACUCCAGAGGGAUUCACUCAUGACUGGGAGGUAUUUGUGCGAGGACAGGAAGGCGCUGAUAUUAGCCACUUCGUGGAUAAGGUUGUCUUCCACCUACAUGAAACAUUCCCCAAACCAAGAAGAGUUGUGAAGGAGCCACCAUUUUCCAUAAAGGAAUCCGGUUAUGCCGGGUUUGUUUUUCCAAUUGAAAUAUAUUUGAAAAAUAAAGAUGAACCUAAGAAAAUAAAGUUUUCUUAUGAUUUUACAUUACAACAAAGUGGCUUUCUCAAAGACAGAUACAUUUUUCAAAACCCAAAUGAAGAGUUUAGAAAAAAGUUGUUGAAAGGAGGAGGUAUCCUAAUUAGCAAUAAUGCAUUUUAUACAAAUCCAGACCAGGAAAGUAGGAGCAGAGACUCGUUCACUGAAGAUAAACAACUGUUAGUUGGCAAACCCAAGUUGUCUUCAGAAAACACAAAGAAACACAAAUCCAAGGAGCAUAAAGAAGAAAUUCCACACAGAACCAGCUGCUUUGAAACUUUAUUUGGAGCACCCAUUCAGAAACCUCCUAAAAUUUCACCAGACCCAAAAAAAAUGGAGAAGAGUGUAUCUGCAGCAAAAUCUGAUAAGAAGGAUAAAGAGAGGUCAAGUUCUGACAAAAAAUCAAAACACGAGCAUAAAGAAGCAAAACAGGAAAAGAUAAAAGUAAAAGAAGAAAAAGAUAGGGUAAAAUCAGAAAAACCGAAAAGUCAUAGCAAGGAACCAGAAAAAAUCAAAGAGAAAUCCAACAAAAGACCUAAUGAGAGGCCUCCAUCUCCACCUCCAGAAGCUGUUAAAAAGCGGUGCGUUAGUCCAAAUCGACGACCAGCAAGCCCACCUCCUCGAUCAAGCAGUGCUUCCAGCAUCAAAGAGGAAUAUAAACCAAAACAUAAUUCUGAAACUUUUGAACAAAAGAAACCAAAACUAGAAGAAAAGCCGCCUGAAGUAAAGGUAGAGAAAGAUGUAAAAGAAAAAAAGAAAAAAGAAAAGAAGAGCCAUGACAGAGAAAAAGAGAGAAAAGAGAAGAAAGAACACAAAAAGGAAGCACAUAAGUUAAAAGAGUCUCCUAAAGAACCACCAAAAGAAAUUCCAAAAGAAAUACCUAAACCUAGGGAAGUCCCAAAAGAAAAAGAAUCAGUCAAAGAUUCACCAUCUGUUAAAGAAAAGCUGCCAAAGCCAGAAAAGAACACAAAUAAAUUUUCUAUUGAAAAUCUGCGAAAAACUCCACCACCAGAAAAUGAAGAGCGCUCUGAGAGCCACAAAAAGGAGAAAGGUGAUUCAGAGAGAAAGCAUAAACACAAGAAAAAAGAUAAAAAACGUGAUGAAUCUCGAGAGAAAAACAAGGAAUCAAGUAAAGAAAAGAAACACAAACAUGAGAAAAGAGAAGUUCCUCAAGAAAAACCUGAAAUUAUUGAGCGAAGGCCAACACCUGUUCCUAAAGAAAGGCCAGUACCUGAACCGGCAUCUCCUAUUUCUAUUGACACAGGUUCCCAGUGCAGCUCAAAAAGUGGUCUUGUUAAUAAGUCUCAUGUUGGUGCUGAAGAUAUUAACAGUAGUCAAUCAGAUUCUGAAAGUUCAAUGAUUGCAGAAGAAGAAGAUGUCAAAGUAAAGAUCGAGAAUCCAUCACCAGAGCCAGUGAAGCGCGAACCUUCGCCAGAGCCAGAGCCUGAGCCAGAGCUGGAGCCAGAGGUAGAACCCGAGCCUGAGCCGGAACCGGAGCCCGCGGCGGACCCGCCCCCGCAGCAGAAGGAAAAAUCGAAAAAACAUAAGGACAAGUCAUCCAAAAGAGAAGAAAAACGACGCAAACGAAAAGCGGCUGAAGAAGAAAAUUCAGAAAGAAAAAUUGCUAAAACUGAAGGUGGUCCUUCUAACAAUGAUAAUGAGCGUGGCGAAACUAGUGGCAGCUCUAUAAUGUCUUCAGAAACUAAAGUACAGGACAAUGGCGUGUCUAGUAGCUUGGGCGAAGACGCAGAACCCGGUGAUAUCUCUCCCGACUACAUGGUGCAGCUGCGCGGCUUACAGCAGCGGAUCAUGAUGAUCAAAAAUAAUGAAGAUCUCGAGAGGGUUGUAAACUUGAUAGCGGAGACCGGGCGGUACGAGGUGACGACGCAGACGUUUGACUUCGACCUAUGUUUACUAGACCGGUCUACAGUGCAGCAACUUAUACAACUUGUAGGCUGCUAGUCGACGACGUGUCGGCGUGUAUAUAGAUAGAUACGUGAAUGUGACUGAAACAGUUGUAUAAUUUGUUAUUACCCGGCUAUGGCAUGUGUAAAGUUAAGUGCCCUACUUUGCCUGUAGCUGUUGUUGUUUAACAGUCUUGUGAGAGCUGUGUAAACGUUUAUUAUAAUUCACACUCGCCACUUGAGUUCUAAGUGCAAUAUUGUAUAGGAAUAUUAUAAAGCUAUAAGACUGUUGAAAGAUUGUUAAACUAAUGUAUAUUUUGUACAUUACUAUAUUGAUCCAUUAAUCUAAGUUAAAUAACUCAGAGGUUUAAUUUGCUCCCUUACAUGGGAGGUCAAGGGGACAGCAUUUUAAUAACAUUGUAUAAUGUUAGAUUUUAAAAUAUUGGGCUUUGUACCAUGAUAAAAUAUUGUAUAAGUGCACUUUUUAACUAUUUAGGUUUAUUUUGUAAAUCAGCAUUGCAAUAUUGCAUAUUAUUAGUUUUAAGCUGUUUUAUAAGCUUAAGAUAUGUAUUGUAAACUACAUCACUAUUUUAGGUAAGUUUGAGUUGUGAUGUUAAUAAAAUACAUUUUGAUUUUCGGAAUUUUGGUAAGUCGAUUUACAUUUGUCGAUGCUCAUUUCAGCUGUUUUGAUCUAAAUCUGUACAAAAACGUUUGUUAAAUUAACUUAUUUUUAUUUAUCUGGUAUUUUUAGGAAAUAAAUAGAGAGUGUAUGCUA